AUGUUAAAUUUGAUUGUAUGGUUAUGUUUCAUAUCAAUAUUCGGAAUUUCAAUAAGUUGUAAAACUGAAAAUGAAGACUAUGUGAUUUAUCACGGAGAUGGUCCUCAAUCGAAUAGCAUAUAUUAUGACAAGUGUGCGCCCACAGUGACCUGCGAUCGAAAUGCUAUUUAUAGGACAGCAAAUGGCUCAUGUAAUAACCUAGAGAACCCGUUGUGGGGGUCGUCUGAAACUCCAUACAUCAGACUUUCUGAAGCUGCUUAUAAUGAUGGCGAUCAUGAAGUUCGGAAACAGUCUAAUGGAUCGCUGUUACCCAUACCUCGAAAAGUGCAGUUGUCAUUAUUUUUGGAAAAUUCCAAGGAUUCCCCAGACCAAAACAAUUAUCAUCUAAGUCAAUUUGGUCAAUGGGUCACUCAUGAUAUCACUCUCCUACCACCAGAUCCUUCAGGGCCAGAGAGAUGUUGUUCCACCCCGAUUAAUGAGAUCAACAGUAGUACCCCAUACCAAUGUCAAUUGCCUAUUGAGUUGCCAACGGAUGACCCAGUUUAUGGUCGUCAAGGACGAACAUGUAUGGAAUUUAGACGUGCAAUGACUGCUGCUAAUAAUUUCAACUGUUCAAUAUCUCCCCAAAUUCCAAUGAAUCAGGCGACAUCGUACAUUGACGCGUCACAGUUGUACGGACACACAUCAGCCAAGGCAAAUUCAAUGAGAUCUUUUAUUGGAGGGAGAUUGUUAACUGAAGUCAUUAAUGAAAAGGAGUACUGUCCUCUAAGGAAAAGAAGCGGUUCAUUAUUAUGUGACGGAAGAGAUAAUGUGACCGUAUGUUUUAAAGGUGGAGACCCAAGAAUAAAUCAACACUUUGGGAUCACAUCGUAUAGUAUUUUGUUUACCCGGUUCCAUAAUGUUGUGGCUCGUAAGUUACAAGAAUUAAAUCCACAUUGGUCUGAUGAAGUGACAUAUCAAGAAGCUCGGAAGAUCGUCGGUGCACUAAAUCAGAUAAUUGUUUAUCGGGAUUACCUGCCUAUUUUACUUGGUGAAUCAUUUACAAGCUGUGGUUUGGAUCUCAGUAAUAAUAUAACGUCAAAAUACAAUCCGAAAAUGCAGGCAGAUUUGACUAUGGCAUUUGCAGGCGGUGCUUUUCGAGUGCCACAUAACACAAUAGCUUCGCAUUACAAUUCCGUAGACAAAGAUUAUGAGACAGUCGAUACAGUCAAACUUAACGAAUGGAUGUCGAUACCUGAUCCCUUAGUGAACGGUUCAAAACUUGACGAAAUAGUCAGAGGCAUGACUACAUCAGAAGGCCGUUUUAAUGACCCAUCUUAUAACUAUCUACAACGUCAACGGCUCAACACGCGUGUUCGCAAAUUUCGUUCAAUCAAAAUGUCAAAGUCUACUCGUUAUCGCUGUCGGAAAAGAGCUGCAUCUCUUAUAGAUUCAACAUUUUCAGCUAAUAAUGAAGUGAACAUUGAGGAUAACCAAAGACUACUUCCUUUAUCGAACUCACCUUUACCUGCAGAUUUACAGCCUAUAAGUCCAGUAAAAGUAAAUACUGGUUUAAAUUUAUUUGAUUUUAAUAGUGAAAAUAUUUUGAACCACAGUUCUAGUACUAGUAGUUCUAGUAGUCAGAGUAGUUCAGGUGAAGACAAUUAUACAUCAGAAAUUGAUACACACGAUGAAGAUAUUGAAGUAGUUAUUGCCAAGUGGGCAAAUAGGAAUAAUGUAUGUCAUUCAGUUUUAGAUGACUUACUAGUUUCUUUAUCCAAAUUCCAUUAUUUCAAACAUUUACCCAAAGAUUCUCGCACGUUAUUGCAUACACCAGUUAAAACUGUAUUAAAAAAUAUCAAAGGUGGAGUGUAUUAUCAUUUUGGAAUUUCAAAUGAAAUAGAAUAUUUAACAAAACUGAAACAGAAUCUGCCUUCUAAAUUGCUAUUAGUUGUUGGUAUAGAUGGACUGCCAAUAACAAAAAAUCCAGCAAGCCAGUUAUGGCCAAUACUUGGCUAUUUUACUAAUUUAUUUACUGAUAAACCUAGGGUAUUCAUAAUUGGUGCUUAUUAUGGGAAAUCUAAGCCAGAUGACUGCAAUGAAUAUUUAGAAGAUUUUGUCGAUGAAUUAUGUAUCUUAAAUGAUGUUGGAACUAUCAUUAAAGGUAAUAAAAUUAAUGUAAUGCUCAAAGCUAUCAUAUGUGAUUCUCCAGCUAAAGCAUAUGUUCUCAAUAUACAUCACCACACUGCUAAAAAUUCUUGUUUAAGAUGUCAUACUUUAGGCAAAUAUGAAAACAAUCGUGUUUAUUUUCCUGAUUCGUCUGCUUCUAUGAGAAAUCAUACUGAAUUUAUAUCUUAUUCUGAUAAAGAUUUUCAUUGUGGUGAAACAAUUCUGACAAAAAUACCUAAUUUUGACUUAAUCAAUAAUAUACCAUUUGAUUACAUGCAUUGCGUAUGUAUUGGAGUGAUGAAGAAAAUAUUAACGUUUUGGAUUGGUGGAGUUAAAAAACAUCAUUUGGCUCUUCCCAAAAAUUUAAUUUUUAAUUUAGACAAAAAAAUUAACAUACUGGGAAAGCCCUGGUUUGUUGUUACAUUUAACAUGACAAAUGAAGUGCAACAUGUUCCUAACACGUGGCUGUCAAAUAAUGUUUGUUGGUUUCCAUUCAUCCAGAGUGAUAUCAAAAAAAUUUACUUUACAGUAUCUCAAGUUGCUAACAUGAUAAAAAAGUGCACAGUACCUAACAAAAAUGAUGGGAAAAAUUAUGAUGUCGUAAUAAGAGCUGGACCAUUUGAUAAAGAGAGUCAUGCCAAGAAGGUAUCUAAAGCAUGGUCAGGACCAGAUGAUUCUUCAUCUGAUAGCAAUGUUAGUUUAUCUCCUGAAAAGCCAUCAUCUCCUAAAAAGAGGAAAAUUAUGCCUUAUUUUUCUAGUGUACAGGAAAAUGAAUUAAUUGUAAACCUACCUAAGGCACCUACAACACCUAUUAGAAAGACAUCGUCUACUAAAAAUAGCAUACCUGUUUCCUUGGAUUUGAUCUCACCUCUUAUCUUAAAAGAUAUAAGUACUAGUUCUACAGUAAGUUCCUCCGACAUUAGACCAUUAAAUAAUUCUACUGUUGAUGUUUGUGCCCAAUCAACUCCAAAUUCAUCCAGUAACUUAAUAAUUAAAGACAAGACAAAUACAAACUGUAGCACUGCAUUUUGCUCAUAUGAUCCUGGGAAUUUUAAUGUAGUAACAACCAUUAAUGAAGUUGGUGUGGAAACAAAUAAUUCCUGUGAGUCAGUCAUGACUGAUUCUAAGAAAAUUGAAAAAAAUAGUGAUGUACCAAUUGAAUUUGAUAUUAAUAAUAUGGAUGAAAACAUUAGCUCUAAUAGCGUUAGAAAAGGCAAGUUACUUUAUAUAUUUAUGUAA